CGAGGAGUAGACGAUGGAGCAGGCCUAGACUUUCGCGCUGGAACAAAUGAUCCGCAAAUAGCGACUUCUGGAGAUACAACAAGUACAUCAUCUUCAUCAUCAUCUAAUAUCGGGGCGACCACGUCUAGAAGGCCAACCACAAUUUCCAGCAGGACGAUUGUGGAUGUUGAUAUAAAUGACGAAAUGAAUAUCGGAGCACCUCAAACAACUCAAAGAGACAUCUUCAACUUAGCUUCGUCCAGUGUUGGCUCUUCUACUUCUCCACUAGCAUUUGCUAUUUCUCGUAUCAAGGGUGCUGGUCGAGGUGGAGCGCCACUGUAUGAACUUGGCUCCGAUUUUCGCUCCGAAGUGUUGAAGCAAUACACAGACAAACCGGUGGGUCUGUACUUAUGAUGAAUGUUGGAAAUUGAUGAUGUGGCUCAGGUAGGCGUAGUUCAUCAUCAUUCAUCAAAAUGAAAAUUACUUACUCUAGGUGACAUGUCCUGGUAAUCGUAAUCAGGAGACCAUGAUGUCUACUUCGUGCUCUAGUCUACCAUGAUGUUUAUGAAACCUCCUCAACCCAACCUACCGGUACCUCUGGCUACCUCACGAUCUUUUUCUAAUUUUGCGCGAACUAAAGACUGAGGUUGAAGCCUGCCUGGCAAUGCAUAACGGAUCGCGUGAAAAAAAGCUAAAGGUCUCCCGACUGGUAAACUUCUAUCAGGACCUCUCAGCUGUUAUCACUCGGCGAGAACGAAAUCGACGACGGCGAUCACAUUAAAAAACUGGAUGAAAAAAAAAGAGCUUCGAUCAAGUCUUCUGGACGUGAAGUAGAUACUCUGUGUGGACGAGUAGAUUUUGAAUUUUGCAUAACGUUUUUAACGCUUAUUAGACCCAAUGGAAAAUUUAGACUUUAAUAUUAAAUAGAGACUCGUCUGGGAAAUCUUAGGCAGCUCGCCGAAUAGAUUCAAUUCAUCAGAGAAGUUCUUUGAUAUCACGUUUUGAUUAUUUGUUGUAUUAAAUCUACUCGAGAAUAUAGACGAUCACGAUAGUAACAAUGAUAUUGAAUUAUAGUUGGAGGUAGUAUCACGACAACUAGGGGAGGAGAAAUUUCGAUUGAUGCAGAGCUGCAGCCGCUGAUUUGGGGUAGGAGGCCGAAUCGUGGUUUUUAGAAAUUGUUGAAAAGGUGUUUCAUCUUGAACACGAUUUGUUGUCCGCCAUAAGAUUGCUAAUAAUGCAAAAAGAAUGUAGUUGUAACAUCAUUAGCUCAACACUUAUUGAAUUUGAUGUAGAAGAAAACUAACAGCUUCAACAAGCACAGAAAAUGUACAACAAACAUGCAGAUUAUGAGCCCCCUGACUGCGAACCUCGACUGCCUCCAACAAGGAGUAGAGCGC